UUAUUUCCAAUCACACACCGGCUCCUAGGGCAUGAUCAAUAAAUAUCUCGUCUCGGUGUGCAAAGUGAUAACAAGUAGCCUCUCUUGCUCGACUCGACGCAGGUCACGGGCAAGGCCACUGAGUGGGGGAAUAACCCACGCUAUGUAAAUGUAGCUUAACCCACAUCCACAUCCUCAGAUCGACGCUUAGCUGUGCCUCUGUCCAUCUUCCCCCAAGACGCAGGAACUCAAAAAAUCAUCUCUGUUUGGCUCGUUGAUAGAGUUUCCCGGCUCCAAGACAGUGGCCGCCUUCGCUCCCCCGCUCUGCCCUAGCGUCAUGCGCAGAUCACGGCCAUUGACACGCUCCAGUCCGCUUGCAGCAUCUUGUUAGCCACAAUGGAGGCGACGUUGCUCAGCAGCCUCCACACCAAGCUGGAUGAAUUGGAGGGCAGGCUGCAAGCCUAUCGCUACGACCUGAUCACCGAUUUCCAGCGCUACUACCACGACCUGCUCACCGGCGUCAACCCCAGCGUCGCGACCAGCAUCCAGCAAGCCAUUGCACCGUCCUUUGCCAACUACCCGAUACUGCGUCCCGAGCUGGAGGCCGCUGACUCACAACCACCUGACAGGCCCCAACCGGCCACAUUCCAGCAGGCUGCGACGCCCGAGGCUUCUCCUCGUAUCGAGGCUCCCAACGGCUCGCACGACCGAGAGGCAGAGCUGCAGGGCCUCUUCACGCCAAGCUAUCUCCCGCUGCUGGACAGCUCCCCUCCCUACAACCGCCCUGCUGUGCCGGCUAUUACCUCGACGACUUCCACCCAGGCCACGGACCCCUUCCCGCUGCUGCCUGUCAUGGAAACGCCGGCUGCCGACAACAGCACUGCCACCGACAAUGGUGUCACCGUGGACAGCCUUGUAACCCCAGGGAACAACGCGGCUCCUGCAGGCGGCCAGGCUCCAGCCGAGGCGAACCGCCUCGUGAGAACCGCCACCGAAGAGUCAACCUCGUCAGCGUGCUCAGACAAGAGCGAUUCCAAAGUUAUGCGAAGUGCGAUGCGACGCUCCUCUAGUAUAUCUAAACCGCCUCAGAGCCCAAGGCGGGUGCGGUUCGAGUUCAUGGGUGCAGAGGUGCUACCUACGUCAUCGCCUCAGCAAGUGGAAUUUAUACCUCCUGGCCCAGCGUCGCCGACCGCAGAGGACGAGCCAAUUGCCUCGGAUAUGAUACUUGGCGACGAUAUCGAGGAGUGGCAACCUCCUCGGAAAAGCUCUUCUACAGAGGCCUUGAGAGCCUUGUCUAGGGCGCCAGCUGAGGAAGGUACCGUGUGGACUGUCGUCGACCCUGAGGCAGACAGGGCCAAUUCCCAACCAGACGGCGCGAACAAGGGGGCUUUAACCAUGGAGCAGACAAAAUCUACUACAAACAACCCAAGAAUAGAAAUUUCAGCAGGCGCUGCCCAAAGCAAGAAUACAACAUUAGAUUCUGGGGAUACCAACGGCCACGGAUCAGAAACCAACAGGAGUACCGACGACUCGUCAGAUGAUGAGGGCGAUUAUUUGGCCAUGGGUAAACGCAAGUCUGCUCUUAAGCAGAAGUCUACGUCACCUUCAGCCGCUCAGUUGCCGAUAAGAGGAGCGAGUAACGGAAUUUCAGCCACGGCGUCACAUCCGAAUACCAAUGACUCUCGAGAGAGCAGGACUCCUGCUACUAUGGACAAUGAGAGCUUGGACGAUUAUGGUGAUGAUGAUGACUUGUUUGAAUUUGAACCUGCCGGCCUAAGUGCCCCACCGAAGCCACGCGAGAGACCGGCAGCUCCCCCGCCUGACGAGCCAUCAGAUGACGACGAAUCUCAGGAUGAAGUUCCAAACAUGGCUCGGCCCGCUCAGCAGCCGCUUUAUUCGACAUCACCAGCUGUUUCCAUCGCGCGGCCACAGAGAACAGAGAACUCCAUGUCCACCGUGUCCAGGUUCCAGCCAGGGUCCCUUGGAUCAUACAAAGGUCGGCCAGUCAUCAUGCCUGUUGUGCGCAACCCUGAAGUGCACGCAAGGGCUGCCUCUUUGGGCCAGUUUAACACUUUUGUCGGAGGUCUGGAUGGCCGCAGCGGAAUGGAUGAGGGAGAUCUCAGCAGCUUCCGUGCCAGCGUUGUUCAGCCUGGCUUUGCCGGAACGCCGCGGAGCUUCACUGAGCGCUUCAUGAUGGAGGAAGCACAGGCGGAAAGGAAAAAGAAUGGCGCCACUCGGUGAUAUGAUUCUUUAUAUAUGAAAUUUGCUGGCGUCUUGUCUCGGAGGUUGGUCUCCUAUCUCAACUUAUUAAGGCAUGGUGGGUGGGUAUGGAUUUCGGACUAUAUGGAAAUGGAAAUCUCGAUGGCGUUCAUCUCUGCGAAGGAUUUGUGUGUUUUGUCAUUUUUUAUGAGAAAGAAUGAGCAUGAGGUGGAGGGCAGGGCUUCUCGUCUGAGCGACAUUAUAUCAUAAACACCCCAUUUACUCAAAUUAUGUUUUAUCACCGAUCAAAACUGUAUACGCAUAGUCAUAGUCAGGAUGUGCCCUGAUAAUACACAUAUGGGCCAAGUAUUUUAUGCUUCCAUGGAUCUUUUAAUGUCAACUCGGGUGCUAGUACCUGGAUCUGCCUGUCAGCCGUUUCUUAGAGCGGAAUUAGUGGUGUGAUGGC